AUGUCGAGCUUCAACCCCUACCAACAGAGCAUCACCAUCGUGACCAGCGACGAAACCCCGUUCAAUAUCACCAUGGUCGAUAUUGACGGGUAUGUGCAAGAAGGCAUCAUUUCCUGCGUCGACUAUGGAGCCCAGCUCGGCGCUUCCGCCGUGACCUUUGUCAUGUUGCUGUUGCUGACCAGGCCCCAGAAGCGUCGCUCUGCUGUCUUCGUCCUGAACUUGUCUACUCUGUUCUUGAACAUAGCCCGGCUCGUUUGCGACAUCCUCUACUUCACCGGUGCUUUCUUUGAGACUUAUGCCUAUUUCUCCGGGGACUUUGCUCGCGUCAAACCGAGUGACUAUGCAAACAGCAUUCUGGCAAUGAUCUUUCUCACCCUUUUGGAGAUUUGCAUCCAGUGCUCGCUGAUCCUGCAGACAAUGGCAAUCUGUGCACACCUGCCAACUUUGCAAAAGCGUCUUUUUCUGAUCUUGUCCACCAUGGUCGCUAUUGUUCCGACUGGAUUCCGCAUGGCUGAGAUGGUCCUGAAUGCAAAGUGCACCAUCGAAAACUUACCUUUUACCGAGUAUAUCUGGCUGGAAAAGGCAAACACGAUCAUCUUGACAAUCAGCAUUUGCUUCUUCAGCGCCAUCUUCAUGUACAAGCUUGCCUUUUCGAUCUACAGGCGCCGGCAGUUGGGCAUUCGCCAAUUCGGACCCAUGCAAGCGCUGUUCAUCAUGAGCUGCCAGACCAUGAUUGUGCCAGCCAUCUUCGCAAUCCUCCAGUUUGCAUCCGACAUCCCAGAGAUCAAUUCCAACAUCUUCACAUUCGUCGUUGUUUCCCUGCCUAUGACCUCCCUCUGGGCCAGUGCCACGCUGCCCGGCCACUCCAAGUCGCAUCCCGACAAUGAAUCAGGAAAGCCACUCUGGAACAUUCUGGCGUCCACCUCGAGUUCUGGAACCAGCGAGACACUUUUCCAACCUCAUCCCCAUGUCAUGGGUUCGACGACCUCGACAACCUCGACUACUCGCACUGACUACCCGGAUUUGGAGAAGGGGAAGUACGCUGCUGGCAUCCGCCGUGAUUCUCUUCUCCAAUGA